AUGUCGAAGAAUCAUAAUAACAAGUUAUUUUUUAGGAAUUUGGGGGCCAAUGAUCCUUUUAUUGGGAGGAAAACAUUAGGGGUUGGGAAUCAUUUUAACAAGGGUGUUCAUGUUAGGAAAAGGCACACGUGGUUUCGCCGGAACGUGAAGUCCGUUGCUUUGAUGGUUUUGUUAAUGGUUUUCGUGUCCUUUCUUGAUUCUCUGAUGGUGUCGGUUUUCGAUUCGAUCAAUUUUCACAGAAGUUCGACUGUGAGAAACUCCAAUGGUGGCGAAGAGGACAGUGUUGCAUAUGUUCAUGAGGAAAGGUCCACAGUUGAGAUGUAUAGUAGGCUUCUAAAUUUGGCUUCAAGUGCACUCGCCAAGAAGGAGUUUAAGCAAGAUAGUCUGAGGUUUUGGGAGGAACCAUAUCAGGAAGCAACCAAAUGGAAACCUUGUGCAGAUAAAAGAUAUCCAACUAGCCUAGGGAAGCCUGAAGAGAGUAAUGGCUAUAUAAUGGUAAGCACGAACGGUGGUUUGAACCAGCAACGAGUAGCACCUUGCAAUGCAGUUGCCGUGGCAUCGUUGCUCAAUGCGACUCUGGUUCUUCCCAAAUUUCUUUACAGCAAUGUAUGGAAGGAUCCUAGCCAGUUCAGUGACAUCUAUCAAGAAGACUAUUUUAUGAGCAUGUUGAAGGAUGAUAUACAUAUUUUGCAGGAACUUCCCCCGCAUUUGAAGUCGUUGGAUGUUGAAGCCAUUGGUAGUCUUAUUACGGAUGCAGAUAUCCCGAAGGAAGCGAAGCCGAACAAUUACGUCAGCACUGUACUUCCCCUCCUUAUGAAGAACAAAGUUGUUCACUUCCUUGGAUUCGGUAACCGACUCGGCUUUGAUCCGUUACCUCCUGAUCUCCAGAGAUUGAGAUGCAAAUGCAACUUCCAUGCAUUAAAGUUCGUGCCGAAAAUCCAAGAAGUUGGUUCACUAUUAAUCAAAAGGAUAAGGAAGUUCAAACAUGAUGCUACCGAACGUCAUCUGGAUAAGCAACUGCUCGGAGAUUUCGCUCCCGGUGUUUCCUCCAAAGAGGAUUAUGUUGCAAGAGGCUCAUCCAAAUACCUUGCAUUACACUUGAGAUUCGAGGAGGAUAUGGUGGCAUACUCCCUAUGUGAUUUCGGAGGCGGAGAAUACGAGAAAAAGGAACUCGAAACCUACAGAGAGGUCCACUUCCCUCUGCUCAUCGAGCGCUUGAAGAACACGAAGCCUGUUUCUCCUGUGGAGUUGCGGAAGUUGGGAAGAUGCCCAUUGACACCCGAAGAAGCCGCACUAGUUCUUGCCGCUCUCGUUCUUGCCGCUCUCGGUUUCAAGCGUGGAACUUACAUUUAUCUAGCAGGGUCUCGUAUAUACAGCGGAAGUUCCCGGAUGCACCCUUUUAGCAGUUUGUACCCCAAUUUGAUCACUAAGGAAACACUGCUCACUCCCAUUGAACUUGCUCCUUUUCGAAAUUUUUCUUCUCAACUGGCAGCAUUAGAUUUCAUUGCUUGUGCAACUUCAGAUGUCUUUGCCAUGACAGACUCCGGAAGCCAACUAUCAUCGCUGGUAUCCGGAUUCCGAACUUACUACGGUGAUGGACAUGCUCCAACCUUGCGACCUAACAAGAAGAGGUUAGCGGCAAUUUUUUCAGAGAAUAGCUCCAUAGGAUGGAAUACAUUUGAAGAUAGGAUACGAAAGAUGAUCGAGGAAAGCCAAAGAGUGCGAGUGAGGGGCUCUGGUCGAAGCAUUUACCGACAACCAAGGUGCCCGGAAUGCAUGUGCAAAUCAUAA